CCUAGCUGAAGAUAAUUUAACUCCAAAGAUGCUGAAAACAUUUCUUCUGUAUCUUCUUGUUCUCAAUUUUGUCUGGUUUCACUGUUCACUGGCCGAUUCUAAUAAAACCAACGCCACCAGACCUCCAGCAACCAUCACCCAGGGUGUCAACAUAACUAAGCCUGGCUGCAAAAGCAAGUGUGGAAAUUUGAUCGUUCCAUAUCCAUUUGGCAUUGGCGUGGGCUCAGACUGUUCCAUAGGUCCGGAAUUUGACAUCUUCUGCGACACAUCUUUCAACCCUCCAAAGCCAUUUAUGGGAGAAUCCUCCAAUCUUGAACUCAUUGAUAUAUCAGAUACCCAAAUACGGGCUAAGAACGAGGUGGCUUCGCAGUGUUACAAUCCAAGUGGUAAUGAGACCAGUUCCUUCGCAAUGAACAUCACUUUGGUACAGCCGUUCAGCUUGUCUGAAUCAAAUAAGUUAACAGUAGUAGGAUGUGACGAUUUUGCAGUAGUGUCCGGGUGGGGUGGGAGUAACAUCUCAGUUGCGUGCUUUUCUAGUUGUGGAAAAAAAGAGGAUAUCUUCGAAGGUGAUUGUAGGGGGAUUGGAUGUUGCCAGGUUUCGAUACCACCUGGACUAACGGAAAUUUAUGGCACGGUUGACAGUUCUGAUAAUCACACGAAUGUAUCAUCCUUCAACCCUUGCGGUUAUGCCUUUCUUGCAGAGCAGGAUAGUUUCGUAUUCAGUUCAGCAGACCUUAAUGACCCGGCGUUUGAAAAUAGAACAGUUGAAAAUGUCUCAAUAGCCAUCGACUGGGCGGUGGGGGAGCAAAAUUGCUCUGAAGCUCAGAAAUCCAAAGAUUUUGCGUGUAGGAUGAACAGUAACUGCAUCAACUCUGACACCAGGCUAGGUGGGUAUCGCUGCUUGUGCGCUGAAGGAUACGAGGGCAAUCCUUAUCUUGAUCCAGGCUGCAAUGACAUCAAUGAAUGUGAGAAAAACCCAUGUGGUCGUAAUGCUAUAUGCACCAAUACUCUAGGUAGCUACAAGUGUUCAUGUCCUAAAGGAUUCUCCGGCAAUGGCACUGAAGAAAGACCUUGUGUUAAACCACCUUCAUCAUCAAUUACAGCGUUGAAAUUUUCAUUAGGUUUUGGCUUUGGCCUUUUGGCAGUGAUAAUUGGCGUUAUUUGGAUAUUCUUCAUCUUCCAGAAGAGGAAACUAAUUAGACUCAGACAAAAAUUCUUCCUGCAGAAUGGAGGCUUACUAUUGAGACAGCAGUUGUCUUCUAAUGAAGGAAGUAUGGAAUCAGCCAAAAUCUUUUCUGCUGAAGAACUUGAGAGGGCCACCAACAAUUACGCCGAAGAACACAUCCUUGGAAGAGGGGGAUAUGGAACAGUUUACAAAGGAAUUCUCAAAGAUCAGCUCGUGGUUGCAAUCAAGAAAUCCAGAAUAAUGGAUGAGGCUCAAAUAGAACUCUUCAUCAAUGAGGUCGUCAUUCUGACUCAAAUCAAUCACAGAAAUGUGGUCAAACUCUUGGGGUGUUGUUUAGAAACUGAAGUUCCUUUGCUCGUAUAUGAAUAUGUCUCAAAUGGUACUCUAUUUCACCAUAUCCACAAUAGUGCGAACAUGCCUUGGUUUUCUUGGGAAAAUCGGCUCAGGAUUGCCGCGGAGGCAGCUGGUGCACUUGCCUAUCUUCAUUCUGCAACAGCAAUGCCAGUUAUUCACAGAGAUGUCAAGUCGCCUAAUAUAUUGCUUGAUGAGUCUUACACAGCAAAAAUAGCAGAUUUUGGGGCAUCAAGAUUGGUGCCUAUUGAUCAAACACAGGUGACUACUCUGGUGCAGGGAACAUUGGGCUAUCUUGAUCCUGAAUAUUUCCACACAAGCCAAUUGACAGAGAAGAGCGACGUUUACAGCUUCGGUGUGGUCUUGGCAGAGCUUCUUACUGGGAAAAAACCACUUUCUCCUGAAAACGUUGAGGAAGAAAGAAACCUGUCUACUUACAUUGUUUUAGCUGUGAAGGAAAAUCGGUUGUUUCAAAUAGUGCAACCGAGAGUUCUGCGGGAAGCAAGUACAGAACAGAUUGAAGCAAUUGGCAAGCUUGUUAAACGAUGCCUUAAGUUAAAUGGGGAAGAAAGACCAACCAUGAAAGAAGUGUCAAUGGAAUUGGAAAGCUUGAGGAAGUACAAGUUGCAUCACAAGGAACAGUUUGAAAGCCCUGUAGAGAACAUGGGAUUUACAGGGAAGCAAACUGAUCUGUACCCUGUUUCACUGGACAUCGGUUUCAACACUGGAGACUAUUCUGGACAAUAUACUCUGGACAGCACAAAAAUUUUGCCUGCAGUCAAUACUCCUCAUUACCCUUGUGAAUGCAUCCUAGCUGAAGAUAAUUUAAUUCCAAAGAUGCUGAAAACAUUUCUUCUGUAUCUUCUUGUUCUCAAUUUUGUCUGGUUUCACUGUUCACUGACCGAUUGUAAUAAAACCAACGCAGCCAGACCUCCAGCAACCAUCACCCAGGGUGUCAACAUAACUAAGCCUGGCUGCAAAAGCAAGUGUGGAAAUUUGAUCGUUCCAUAUCCAUUUGGCAUUGGCGUGGGCUCAGACUGUUCCAUAGGUCCGAGCUUUGACAUCAGCUGCAACACAUCUUUCAACCCUCCAAAGCCAUUUAAGGGAACAUCCAAUCUUGAAGUCAUUGAUAUAUCAGAUACCCAGAUACGGGCUAAGAACGUGGUGGCUUCGCAGUGUUACAAUCUAAGUGGUAAUGAGACCAGGUCCGUCGCAAUGAGCAUCACUUUGGUACAGCCGUUCAGCUUGUCUGAAUCAAAUAAGUUAACAGUAGUAGGAUGUGACGAUUUUGCAGUAGUGUCCGGGUGGGGUGGGAGUAACAUCACAGUUGCGUGCUUUUCUAGUUGUGGAAAAAAAGAGGAUAUCUUCGAAGGUGAUUGUAGGGGGAUUGGAUGUUGCCAGGUUUCGAUACCACCAGGACUAACGGAAAUUUAUGGCUCGGCUUGGAGUUCUUAUAAUCACACGAAUGUAUCAUCCUUCAACCCUUGCGGUUAUGCCUUUCUUGCAGAGCAGGAUAGUUUCGUAUUCAGUUCAGCAGACCUUAAUGACCCGGCGUUUGAAAAUAGAAUCGUUGAAAAUGUCUCAAUAGCCAUCGACUGGGCGGUGGGGGAGCAAAAUUGCUCUGAAGCUCAGAAAUCCAAAGAUUUUGCGUGUAGGAUGAACAGUAACUGCAUCAACUCUGACACCAGGCUAGGUGGGUAUCGCUGCUUGUGCGCUGAAGGAUACGAGGGCAAUCCUUAUCUUGAUCCAGGCUGCAAUGACGUUAAUGAAUGUGAAAAACAUCCAUGUGGCCGUAAUGCUAUAUGCAUCAACACUCCAGGUAGCUACAACUGUUCAUGUCCUAAUGGAUUCUCCGGCAAUGCAACUGAAGUUUGUGUCAAACCGCUUUCAUCAAUUACAGCUUUGAAGUUUUCAUUAGGUUUUGGCUUUGGCUUGUUGGCGGUGAUAAUUGGCCUUACUUGGAUAUUCUUCAUCUUCCAGAAGAGGAAACUAAUUAAACUCAGACAAAAGUUCUUCCUGCAGAAUGGAGGCUUGCUAUUGAGACAGCAGUUGUCUUCUAAUGAAGGAAGUAUGGAAUCAGCCAAAAUCUUUUCUGCUGAAGAACUUGAGAGGGCCACCAACAAUUACGCCGAAGAACACAUCCUUGGAAGAGGGGGAUAUGGAACAGUUUACAAAGGAAUUCUCAAAGAUCAACGCGUGGUUGCAAUCAAGAAAUCCAGAAUAAUGGAUGAGGCUCAAAUAGAACUCUUCAUCAAUGAGGUUGUCAUUCUGACUCAAAUCAAUCACAGAAAUGUGGUCAAACUCUUGGGGUGUUGUUUAGAAACUGAAGUUCCUUUGCUCGUAUAUGAAUAUGUCUCAAAUGGUACUCUAUUUGACCAUAUCCACAAUAGUGCGAACAUGCCUUGGUUUACUUGGGAAAUUCGGCUAAGGAUUGCCGCGGAGGCAGCUGGCGCACUUGCCUAUCUUCAUUCUGCAACCGCAAUGCCAGUUAUUCACAGAGAUGUCAAGUCGCCUAAUAUAUUGCUUGAUGAGUCUUACACAGCAAAAAUAGCAGAUUUUGGGGCAUCAAGAUUGGUGCCUAUUGAUCAAACACAGGUGACUACUCUGGUGCAGGGAACAUUGGGCUAUCUUGAUCCUGAAUAUUUCCACACAAGCCAAUUGACAGAGAAGAGCGACGUUUACAGCUUCGGUGUGGUCUUGGCAGAGCUUCUUACUGGGAAAAAACCACUUUCUCCUGAAAAAGUUGAGGAAGAAAGAAACCUGUCUACUUACAUUGUUUUAGCUGUGAAGGAAAAUCGGUUGUUUCAAAUAGUGCAACCGAGAGUUCUGCGGGAAGCAAGUACAGAACAGAUUGAAGCAAUUGGCAAGCUUGUUAAACGAUGCCUUAAGUUAAAUGGGGAAGAAAGACCAACCAUGAAAGAAGUGUCAAUGGAAUUGGAAAGCUUGAGGAAGUACAAGUUGCAUCACAAGGAACAGUUUGAAAGCCCUGUAGAGAACAUGGGAUUUACAGGGAAGCAAACUGAUCUGUACCCUGUUUCACUGGACAUCGGUUUCAACACUGGAGACUAUUCUGGACAAUAUACUCUGGACAGCACAAAGUUUUUGCCUGCAGUCAAUACUCCUCGCUAAUGGAACCACUUGAGUAUAUUUGUUAAGAUUUCAAUAUAUGUUGAAGUUUCUUGCACAUUUGCUGUGUGAUGUGCCUUAUUUGAAGUGGUUUGGAUGCUUGUUAUCAUUGUUCUCUUAGUAAUGUAUCGUGUUUCGAGUUUGAUUUGUUUUUGAUAAAAACAAUUGGAAGUGACUAUCAGCUUAGAGUCUUCGCUGUAUCAUGUUAC